CCGGCUUCCUCCGCAGCCCUGCCCUGGCGCCGCGCUCCGCACAGCCUGCACACCAUGGGCAUGUCUGCGGGGGACGAGCGCGCCGCCAGCCCCAGAGACGAGGAGUGGCCGGAAGCAGAGAAGGCUGAGAAGCUGGCGAGAGGAGCCGCUCUGAAAUGGGCUUCAGGGGUGUUUUACCGCCCCGAAAAACUGGAGGGGCUCGGGCAUUACCGGAGACGAGAGACGCAGAGGAACAGCUCCAUCCAGUCCCGGCUGAAGUCAACUGUCCAGUCCUACCUGGAGGGGGUAAGUGCAGGGCUGGAGCAGCUGCGGUCGGCGGCCCAGGAGGUGCAGAGCGUGUGCCAGGACCUGGGGGCUGCACGGUGGGCCCUGCUCGACAGCGCAGACCACUUCCAGGGCCUCCAGCAGAUGAGGGAGCUGAUGGAGGAGCAUGUGCAGCUGGCCUCGGUGGUCCAGGUGCUGCCCCAGAUCUUCUCGGUCCACGAGGUUUUUUCCCAUAUCCUGCAGCUGCUCCGUGGGCAGCACCUCUUGGAGGCCCACGUGGAGCUCAUGAUGGUGGAGCAACUCCGGGAUGACAUCCUCUCCCAGCUGCACCUCCGCGGGCUCUCCAGUGCCCAGGCAACUGUGCUGUCCUACUUCAGUGGGCUGCAGGAGCUCAACGAGAGCCUGGCCAAGCAGCUGUGGGACAUCGUGGGCAGCAGCCUGCGGCUGGUGCGCGAGGACCCCGUUCUCUUUGUCACUGCUGUGCGGAUCAUCGAGCGGGAGGAGAAAAUAGAUGACACUCUGCUCUUGGAGGCCACCUUCCUGCCCCCUGGCCGCCCAAAGGGCUGGAGGCAGAAGUUCUACCAGGUCCUCCAGGACACCAUGACAGGAGCUCGUUUCCAUGCUCCCCGCAUGGAUGCUGAGGGGCCAGGGCUGGCCAAGCACCUGGCAGCGCUGCAGAAGGACAUCGUGUCUGAGCUGCGUGUGGUGAAGGACCUGAUGGUCCAGUGUGUCCCAGCUCACUACAACAUCCUCAGUGUCUGCACUGCCACCUACCACCAGGCCCUCAGCAGCCAUCUCCAGGAGAUCCUGCGGGAGGACCUGGACAAACAGGGACUCUUCCUCCUCCUGGAGUGGGCGCUCCGUGUGUACCACAGCCCAGAAAUGAUGGGUCACCCUGACCUCCUCCCAGAAGUGGAUGUUUCUGCUCUGGAUCCCUUGAUGUCCUCUGAGCUUGUGGAUCAGACAGAGAGGAGAUAUGUGAUGAAAGUCAAGGCUAGCGUGGUCGAGUGGAUGCAGAGGACCCUGGACGUGGAGUUCAAGGAAUGGUUUAAGGAAGAGGAACCUGAGACAGACCAUCAGGGCUUCUUCCAGUCAGCCUUGCCUGCCAUUGUCAUGCAGAUGCUGAAUGAGAACAUCCAGGUGGCUUCCUUGAUCACCAACACCCUGCAGCAGAAGAUCUACAACAUGGCCUUGGAGGAGCUGGAGGCAUUUCUGGGCCGCCUGCGGGAAGCGCUGGUGCAGUGCGGGAAGGAGCACCAGCAGGACAGGGCUGUUCCCAAGUACUACAUCUCCCACCUGCUGGCCGUGCUCAACAACAACCUGGCUCUCAGCAAUUCUGUCUCCUCCCUGCACCCUGACACUGCCUGCAGAGAAGUCCCUGCAUCCCUCCAGGCUGCUCUAGACAGGAUGCAGAAGAAAGCCACCCAGCUACUGCUAGAGGAGCUGCUCCUGGACCUGCAGCCCCUCUGCCUGCAGCUGCCUUCCCGAAAGUGGCUCUCGGGGUCCCAGCUGGUCGGCAGCAUGUGCGAAGUCAUUGACAAAUAUGCAAAGGACUUCUCCCGCGUCAGGAAACCCGUGUUCACGCUCCUGCUGGCGGAGAGCGAGCUGCUGGUGGCGAACCAGUACCUGCGGGCACUGCUGCAGAGGAGGAUGGUGUGCAAGAGCCGGGAGGAGCGGGGCCAGCUGUGCCACCGCCUGCUGCAGGACGCCACGCAGCUCCGGGAGCUCUUCUGCAGCCUGGGCCUGGACCGGAGCCAGCAGAGCUUGGAGGCUGUGUUUGCCUUGAGGGAGCUGAUAAGCCUCAAAGACCCAGCACUACUCAGCCUGGAGGUGCUGGGCUUCAUCACCAAGUACCCCGAUGUCAGCGACGAGCACGUCUCCACCUUGCUGGACAUCCGCGGGGACGUCUCCAGGGAAGUGCGGCACGUGGUGCUGGAAAUGAUGGCUCAGCACCCCCAGCUGCUGCCCGAGGGCUACCGGCCCAUCUUCAGCACCAUCCUGGUCCCUGUGCAGGAGCUGCCCUUCUGCCUUCGCAAGGGCAAGUGUGCCUGACCCUGCCUGGGCUGGGGGCCACGGGGGGCAGCUCUGCGGCUCUGCGCCGUGGAAUGGAGGUGACAUGUGGCAGCCCCUACACACAGCACCUUGUCCUGUGUUGGGGACAGUCUGGAUAAAGGCCAUCCUCCUCUGGUCUUGCCCCAUAAGAAGAUUGUGCCCUGCAAGCACCAGUCCUGGGAUACCUGGACUGGGGGAAAUCCAGCCUGUAGCUAUUUUGCUGGCCUACUGGGACAGUGACUGAGAGCUGCUCAGCCCCACUGCCUGCAGGAGAAAGAGGAGUUGCAGAAUGAACAGGAGUCUGCAGCUGGGGCAAUUCACAUCUCCACGGGGCUGCAGGGAUGUUUGGGUUUGCCCAAAUCUCCAGACAGUCCCCUGAGCCAGUGUGUCCCAGCCAUGGAGGCUGUUACCAUUCCAACUCUGAGGCAGACUGGGGCCUUGCUGGGACCAGGCUGGCAGGAGGGUUUCAGCCAUGGGAGCUCCUCUGGGCUCAGCCAGGUUGAGUUUUGCUGCUCCACCAGGCCGGGUCCUGCAUGGCUGGUGGGAGCAGCUGAGCCAGCUCAUUGUGGCUCAUGGAUGCUGAGGAGAAGAGCACAAGGUGGUCUCCACACUGGACAGUGCCAUCAGCCCUAUCCCUGCCUGCACUAAGGGACAGCUCUGAGUUCCUGCUGACCUGCAAGAGUCCCGGCUCUGGCUCAUGUGCCAGCACCCGAGGCAGGACUGGAGUUGGAAGCUCUCAAGCUGCAUGGAGAGCGUGGUUGUGCUUGAUGUGUUGUCCUGCUCCAAGGUUCCUCUGUGAUGGACAGCACCACCCUGAGCACUGGCUCUCCCUCCAUCCUCUGCUGUUGCCCAGCCCCUGGCAUCUCCUCCAGGUGCCAUAUGAAGAUCAGGAGCAGUCUGUGUCUCUGCCUACACCCUUGUGCCCAGCCCCUGCAGUGCCCUGGGAGAUCUCCAUGCUCUGCCAUGCUUCCCACCCUGGGAUGGGCCACAUCCCACUGUCCUUGCAUGGUACCACUGCUGGAAAUAAAGGCCUAAUCUGCACCUGC